AUGCGUCGAGUAGCGGAGGCGGCUGACGGGGAUGAUCUCAUCUACAGCAGCGAUGAUGAAUCCGUGUCCUACGGUAUGAAGUCUCGUAAGCAGCCUGGUGAUGGCGAAGCACCGUCACCUGCAAAAUCACUGUCCUCAAUAUCUACACAGUCCAAGAAAGCAGCGAUACCGUUGAAACGGCAGGCGUCUUAUUCCAGAGCUGACAGCGGCCUCCACUCAACCCUGCGUCAAAGGAAGGAGAAGCAGCUCAACACGUUCGACCAUCCUCAUUUGGACGAUUUGGAAUCAAUUCAAGACGAAGGGGAAGACGAACAAGAAAUCAUCACGACCGACCCACUCAAGCCAAUCAAGCGCCCUAAGUAUCUACUCGUGCACAAGCUGGUGCAGAUGGACUUUGAAACGCUGGAGAAGGUGGAGAUGAUGAUCAAUGGCCAGGCGGCUAAGGACGGAUGGCAGGCGGCUAGGAGUGGACUGGAGCGCGAGGAAGAAGACAGGUCACGGUGCGCCGUGGGCGUAGAUGCUAUUGUGCCUCACCACGGCGACACGGAAGCGGUGAUCGGAGGUGGCCACAGCUUCAGCGUGAUCGCGAGAGGAGGCGGGCGCGACGAGUGGAUGAUCAGUAGCUUCGAGGCGCUGAGUGACGCCGUGCGGCCCGAGGAGCCUCUCCGUCGAGGCCGAGCUGUACGCCAUGGAGGCGACGCGGCAGAUGCCGAUGCGCAAGCAGCGCAUAGCGAGCGCGAUGUGAGGCAGGAGGCGCUACAGGAGACCACGGGGGUGACGAGGGACGCGACCGUGACGUCAAACCACGUCGCUCUCGACGGCAGCAAAGUGAACGGCCUGGCCGCGGGUGCCGUCGGCGCCGCUGCUGCUAUCAGGCCGGCCGUCAGUGUCACCCGCUCCAAGCGGCGUCCGCCGCCCGAGACGAAGGAGACGGUGCCGGCGAAGGCGGUGAGCGCGGUGAGCAGCGAGGUGGCGCCUUCCCGCCAAGAGCAGGAGCUGCUGGCACAGCUGGAGCACAAGGUCAAGGAGCUGUACGUGCAGGAGGUCCGAGCGGAAGCAGGAGAAGACGUGAAGUAG